GGCUCAGAGAGGCGGGAGCGAGAGCGGCGGCGGCGGCGGAGGUAGCGGCGGCGGCAGCGGCGAUGGGACCCCAGCGAGAGAUUUGCGGCUAGCUUGCUAGCUGCACUUGCUCUGCGGGUCGGGGGGAUCUGAGGGGACAGGUUUGGAAAGAUGAGCGCUUAGAAAGAAAAAGUCCCACAGGACAGACACCAGGAAGAGAAAGAGGACAUCAAAGCCAAGAAGAAUGAGUUCUUGUACCAACGUCUGUGGCGCCAAACAAGCACAGAAUACACCUGAGGGUGGAUAUCAACGCUACGGAGUCCGAUCCUACCUGCAUCAGUUUUAUGAGGACUGUACAGCUUCCAUUUGGGAGUAUGAGGAUGAUUUUCAGAUCCAGAGAUCACCUAAUAGGUGGAGCUCGGUUCUCUGGAAGGUCGGACUCAUCUCUGGCACAGUCUUCCUGAUCUUAGGGUUGACUGUUCUGGGAGUGGGCUUUCUGGUGCCCCCCAAAAUUGAAGCCUUUGGAGAGGGGGAUUUUGUAAUGGUGGAUUCCCAGGCUAUUCAGUUUAAUGGAGCACUAGACAUCUGUAAGCUGUCAGGAGCUGUUUUAUUUUGUAUUGGAGGGAUGACCAUGGCUGCGUGCCUGUUGAUGUCUGCUUUUGCAAAAAGCUACUCCAAAGAAGAAAAGUACCUUCAGCAGAAGUUCCAAGAGAGAAUAGCAGACAUCAAAGCCCAUGCCCAGCCCAUCACAAAAGCUCCAGCCCCAGGGGAAACCAAGAUACCAGUCACUUUGUCCAGAAUUCAUAACAUCCAGCCUUUGUCAGAAACCUGAAGCUUUAUUCUGCCUCCCUUCUGUAAUUUAGACAUAUCAGUUAAAUGGGAGAACUUCCCCUUUGGUAAUGGCAAGAAUAUGGCGUGUCAAACACCACUGGGCAGCAGCCGCCGCCGCCAGCUCACAGGGAAAGCUGAGCAGAACUCAGAGCCAUUUGUUCCAGGCUUCAGACAGCGCAUACAUCCCACUCUUUAUGAUGUGUAUUUCCCUUUACUAAACCAGGAGACCCCACAGAAAUACUUGUUGACAUCCUGUGACUUCAUCGUCAUUUUCUGUGCUCUUUGAAAGUGCUAUACAAUUUUAAACCAGCCCUACUAGUGGUCAACAUCCAACUUAAGGAUAAUGUGGUCUGGUUUCAUUUUUUAUUUUUUCUAAUAUUUUUCUGCUUAGUACUGUUUUCAGUUCCAUCCCUACUGAGUAGUAUAAGAUAUUGUCAAGUAUAUUCAUGGAAAAACUGGUUUUCCUUAUUCUGACCUACAGCUUUACCUUUUAACUGUAUUACUAAACAUGAGGCUCCUCAUAUUAGACUCAAAUUUAUCACCCUCCCUUAUGGAUCCUACGUACCCUUGGAGUUUUUUUGUGCAAAAAUGCCAAAAAUCACCCAACUGAGGAUCACUAGACAAUAGGACCAAAAAAAUUAAGAAUAUGGGUGUCUCUAUUCAUGGUAUUGGGGAGGGAGCACAGUUGAAAUGAAAAACAAACAAAUAAAAAUAAAACAAAACAGCACUUGGAAGUCAGGAAGUUGGAAUUCUGCUCCCUACUCCACCACUAAUUUACUUGGGUGACUCUGAUCACUUCUCUAGGCCUCACUACAAUUUAUCUAUAAAAUGAGGGGAGUUGGACUAGAUAGCCUCUAAGGCCCUUUCCAGCUUUAAAUUAUUUGAUUACUGUACACCAUAUGUGAUUUUAUCUUCCUCCUCUGGGGUUUGUUUCAAUGUGUUUGUUCCACAGACCAGUGUCAUUCUUUCACACCUUGACUCAUUGAAAGCCACAGAUUUGAGGUUCAUUGGUAACCCAUAUCCUAUUAUGUUCUAUUGACAAGGUAUCUCAAUACUUGACUUUGAAUUUGAUACUGAAAGAAGUUUCUACAAUGCUGUCAUAUUUUUAUAAAGACUAAAGAAAGCCAUCAUCAAAUAAGAAAUCUCUGUGAAGAUACUAACCUGAAAAGGAUUUUCCUUCACAGACAACAAAUUUUAUUUUCCUUGAAAGGAAGUCAUCUCCUCCCUUUGCACUUUAAUUUAAUCUGUAGGUUUAAAUUAGGCUGUGAAAUGGAAGAUAUGACCGUGGUAUCCUCUCAAAAAACCCUGCCAACUUAUGUUGCUAUUUUUGAAUGGAUAAAUAAAAUAUAUGAAUGAGCCGA